AUGGAAACUUCUGAAACCAUGUGCCAAAAUAAAAUUAAGUUGAUUUUAUCAGGUAUUUGGGGCAAUGAUGAAAAACUAUACCACAGUAAAAGUUGGACGUGUUUGGAUAGAGGGUACAAAUCCAUUAUGGAACUGAUCUAUGUACUUGAACUUCGAAAAUAUGAGGCUAUUCAGUUAACUUUUAAACAGGUAUCAAAGAACUUCAGUGAAGUAUUCCAGAAGCUUGUUCCUGGUGGCAAAGCUACUUUGGUGAUGAAGAAAGGCGACGUGGAGGGCAGCCAGUCCCAGGACGAAGGAGAAGGGAGCAGGGAAAGCGACAGGGGCUCCGGGUCACAGAGCAGUGUCCCGUCAGUCGACCAGUUCACCAGAGUUGGCAUUAGGGUGUCCUUCACAGGAAAACAAGGAGAAAUGAGGGAGAUGCACCAGCUUUCCGGGGGGCAGAAAUUCUUGGUGGCUCCUGCUCUGAUUUUUGCCAUUCAGAAGUGUGACCCAGCUCCUUUCUACUUGUUCGACGAGAUCGACCAGGCUCUGGAUGCGCAGCACAGGAAGGCCAUAUCAAAUAUGAUUUUGGGGGCUGGGGAUAUGUUCAUAACAACUACUUUUCGGCCUGAACUACUCGAAUCAACUGACAAAUUCUAUGGUGUAAAAUUCAGAAACAAGGUUAGCCACAUUGACGUGAUUACAGAGAUGGCCAAGGACGGCUGCGCACGCUUCCGCGGACGUGCAUAG